AUGGAGGUACAAGGUCUGAAAGCGAUUGCGCCAAAUCGUAUUGUCUAUUGUACGAUGGAAGUGGACGGACACAAACUCCAAACGGAUCAUGCCGAAGCGCAACGACCAUCCUGGGACACGCAAGGUGAUUUCUCGACGAAGAACCCUUUGCCGGUUGUGAAAGUGAAGUUGUACUCGGAGGUGAAAAGUAUCGUCUCUUUCGAGGACAAGGAAUUGGGAAAGCAGUACGAAUACUACGAUAUAUGGCCAAUGAAUAAGUUUGAGUGGGAUAGAAUUGCAAAGACUGUCAAGGUCUAUCUUAAGCAAGUAAGGGACGGUAAAGAGAUCGUAAGGGUAAACAGUGCUAUCGAAGUAUUCCAAAUUCGCAGUGACUAG